GCCGGCGGUGUGUAAAUGAAGCGGCGACGUAUACCGCGCUCGCGUGCCGAGGGGAGGGUAUCGUCCGCCGCGACCGCGGCGGCGGCGGCGGCGGGGGCGAUGGGAAUGGCGCGCAAAUGCUGCGUGCGUAGCUGCAGGGCGGACGUGCGGGAGGCGCGCGCCAAGGGGCUGCCUCUGCACAAGUUCCCCAAGGACGCCGCGCUGCGGGACAGGUGGUUGGCCAGCGGCGGCUUCGAGGCGAGUUUCAAGCCGACGCCAGGCCAGGUCGUCUGCCACAGGCAUUUCAAACGCGCCGACUACGAGGCCGCGCGGGGCGGUCACAAGUUCCUGCUCAGGAGGGGCAGCGUGCCCACGGUUUUCGCCGACUAUGACGAGCAUCCCGAUCCUGUUAUUAUGUCGGUCAAGUCUUCUACAUCCUACGCGCAAGAGGACUUGGACCUGAUAAAUUCGGAAAUACUAAAUUUGGAGCACUCCGCCUCGCCGUUGUUAUCCGAGGCGAGGACACCCAAGUCCGACAGCUGCGGCGAGACGAUUUACUCGCGGCCCGAGUCGUCGGCGGACUCCCUGAAUCUCCCCGACAGCUCGGAGGUAGCGGAUACCGAGUACAAGGUGAUAAAUCUGAAAGAAGAGAGCAAGAUCGCCGUGAAGCACAAACCGACCGACAGUAAUUCGGAUAAUAAAGUAAACACGGUGGCGAUGCAGCUCGGCAUCGUCGAAUCCGAGACAUCAAUGAAGACUGAUGCCAAAGACCUAAAGGAAGAAUUGAAAUUACCCGGCAACAAGGAAUUCGACAAGUCCGAGGAGCUGAAGCCGAAGGUUUUGAACCGCGGCGGCUUGAAAUUCUUCCCCGGUGCCAAAUUGGAAGCGAAAGACUUUAACGAGAAAUGGUAUUCCGCAAAAGUGGUAGAGACAGAUUGGGACGAGAGGGAGGUUUUGAUACACUUCGACAAGUGGAGCUCGAGGUUUGACGAAUGGAUACCGAUGGAUAGCUCUAGACUUCGCGUGUUGCAAACCCCACAAAACGAACAAGCUUGGAUCCCGCCGUCUCCGGAGACGAGGAUGCGGGAGCGGGAGUUCGCGGUGGGAGAGCGGAUUCUCGCUACGUGGGCGGACGGCAAGAAGUAUCCAGCCAAAGUGAGCGCGGUCUUGUCGAAUGACAGGUACAACGUGCUGUUCGACGAUGGAUACGCCAAGAUCGUCAAGUCGUCGAAAAUGACCAAGAUCGCCGCAAACCCGACCAAGCAAUUGAACGAAGUGGAUGGAUAUAUCGGCAGCAAGCAGGAGAGAAGGGACAAGAAACGGAAGCACACAGUCAUGGAGUUGUUCAACAUUCACUCAAGGAGACGCACGAAGCCCGACGCUGAGAAGGCGCCAAAGAAGGAGGAGACUGUCGUCAAGGAGAACAGCGAGGGCACCGCGGAGAGCAAGAUCGAGACGGACGGUACCCUGUACGGCCCCUGUUACGAUCCCGGGACAGAUUUGCUGAGAGGUUUCGAGACCAGUUCCCCGAAGAUCAAAUCGUACUCGAAGAAGAGCAAGAAGGAAAUGCCCAAGAACGACACGGAUCACGGGGAGAACGUCGGUCCCGAGUGGAUCGACGGAGAGCCCCAAGGAACAGAAUCUUACAUUGUAGACGGCAACGACGGUGAGCACGUAAUUUUAUCAAAAAGACCGCGCCGGUCUAUAAUAGUGCCGGACAAGAGAUUGCCCCCUGGUUGGGAGAAGCACUUCACGCAGAGGAAAGCCGGUUCGUCCGCCGGAAAGUGGGACGUCUUGUUCAUACAUAAGCAGACCGGGAAGAAGUUCAGGUCGAGAAAUGACAUCAGGGUGUUCAUGGAGAAUCAAGGGCAGUUCGAUUUCGACCCGGAAAAAUUCGACUUCUGCAUACAUCGCAGGAAGCGUAACCACGCGCAUCGCGCGAAGCAGGAUGUCACGCCGGAGGCGCCGAAGAAGAUCAAGACUUUAUUGCCCAAGACGAAAACGGCCACGCCUGAGAAUACGCUGCUCACUACGGUGGCGAGCACCACCGACGGUCAACCCACUCUCUCGACGCCCGCUACAUCUACAGACGGUGAGAUGAUCUAUUCCGUCUUUAUUGGACUUCGUGGUGGACUUCGUGUGGAAAUGGAAGACAGCGCCUAUAAAUGUCCCAAGGAAGGAUGCAACAAGAACUUUCGAAAAGAAAAUCUGCUGCAGAUGCAUAUCAAGCACUACCAUCCCGAAUACUCCAAGUUCCUGGGCUCCACUCCCAAAGUUGAAGAUCUGGCUUACGCGAGAACGAUCGGGGAAUCCAUAGAAGAUAUAAUUCCCAAAAAGACGCCGACGUUCUUAGAGAAAAUUAAUAAAUCCGCGAAGAAGAAAUCUCUUCCUGAGAAACCAUCGUCUACUUUAUUACAAACGGCGCUUAGCGCUACGCAACAGACGUCUCAGUCGAUAUCUGGCCCGAUCUUGCCGGAGGAAGAGGAGAUAGAGCAGUCAGAAAAGUGUAAUGAUUUGCAGAAGGAGGAUAUGAAGAUUGAAACGAUGUCACCAAUCUCUAAUCACAGUAUGGAGAUAGACGACGAUAUCGAAAGGAAGAGAGAAACCGCCUGCGCGUUGUCCCCUGGCACAUUGUUCGACAUGAAGGUGAAAGAGGAAAAAGCGCAGGGUGGCAUUAAAACGCUAUUGCCCUUAAGACCGGUUGCGACAUCGGAGGUGCAAAGAGUCGACAGGACGAAAUCUGUGGACGAAAUAGUUCACGGUGAGCGUGGGAAAAGCCAGAAAAGAAAGCAACCUAGCGAACCUAGCGUGGACUUGUUGCCGGCUAAAGCAAAGAAACGGCACGGUAUGUCAGAUCUUGCCGAUAGUUUCGGUGAUCUGGAUGACAGUGCUAUGGACGUCGAAGGACCUACGGCACUUAUGUAUAGAUAUAGCCGUAGGAAAUCCGAUUCAAAGAGCGAUGAAAACAGCCAGAAUAGUCAGCUAAAUGAUUCACGCAUUGAAAAAGCUGAUCCCUUAAAAGGGGAUGCAAUCAAAACAGAUAGUAAUAAUGAUGCAGAAGAGAGCGAAGGAGUGAUGAUGAUGAUUAACGGCGAACUGGUGAAGGUAGAACAACUUCGGAGAGAAGAAAUAAUAAAUUGCACGUGUGGUUUUAUGGAGGAGGACGGUUUGAUGAUACAGUGUGAUCUUUGCCUCUGCUGGCAACACGGUCACUGUAAUUUGAUUGAGAAGGAAAAGGACGUUCCCGAGAAAUAUAUUUGUUACAUAUGUCGAAAUCCAUAUCGACUACGGCCGUCUAAGAAAUAUUAUCACGACCAGGACUGGAUUAAGGAAGGGAAAUUGCUAAGCUUGUCUAAUCGAACUCGGAAUCAGAAUAUGAUAAAUCAAAGGACUGCAAUGCUGAAGCGUUCUUAUGAUUUGGUUGCUGCACUCUUACAAAUGCAACAACUUCUUCAUAGUCUGCGCGUAAAGAUCAACGUGGCACAAAAGAAAGAUCACCCGAAAUUAUAUCUCUGGGCCAAGAACUGGGAGAAGAUGGACGUGCCAAAGAUAGACAUGGAGCCGGUACCAGUGAUGGAAAUAACUAAAGUGGCAAGUUUCACCGAUACAAGCUCAGAGAUUCCGCGACGUGUCGAGACGAAGAUGGAUGUCAAGCUGUCUAUAAAAGAUGAUCAAGAUGAAAAAUCAAUCGCUUCCGAUUCGGAAUUGAUGAAAAUUUUGGAAGAGGACAGCACGCAUUCGGACGAAUCUAGGAUUACCAACAGGAAGGACGGCACGAUGAAUUCGAAGGACAGUCAUAUACUUUUAGACGCGCUAACGGGUGGUAAUGCGGACAUAAAAGAGAAAAUCACUGCUACGCCAAACAUUAAAGCGGAGAGCGCAGAUGUGUCACCUGAGAAAACUACUAUUGGCAGUACCGCGUCGAAGAAUCUCAAUUCUGGACCGCUUAUUGACGAUGUUCAACAAGAAGCGAGCAUAGCCAACGUCAAGCAAGAAGUCUCCGCACUUCCGCAGCCUUUUAUACCGGAGCCCGAGGCGCCGAUCGAUCCAGCUGAAUGCCGAAUGCGAUUAUUGGAGCAUAUCGAGCAUUUUCAAUCUCACAUUGAUUCAAGAUUGACAUCCAUAGAAGCGCAGAUUUUUUCUCUAGAGGCGAUGGACCCGGAUGAACUCGUGUCAAAUCCGCUUAGUCAAUCCUGUACUAAGCAGACAGUACAGAUGCUCCUUCGUGACUUGAACACAGUCCGGAAGCUGGCAGCGUUAUGUUGAAAACGUAUGUUUUCAAACUGAUAAUUUACGAUAUACAUAUGUAUAUAGUGUAGAUAGACGAUAUAGAUAGGUGUAGACAUGAGUGAUAUUUCUCUUCAAUUUCCUCAUCAAUGCAGAUAAUUGUUCUAUCGUACUAGAAGUGAGAUUCAACUAUUUAAGAUGACUGUUAAAUAAAUCUACUUGACUUCGCGUUUAAAAUUUAUUGUAGAAUUGUAAUAUUUUACCAAGUAAACUGAUAUUUUUAAACAGGUG